AUGGAUCGGAAUGACACCCCAGGCUCCCUGGACGCAGAAUUGCAAGAAAAAGGCGCCGGCGUUGAUUCCAGUGCCCUUGAUGAACGCCCACGGGUACAGCAGAGCGGCGCCGCAGACGCAGCAGAUGAGGAUCGACAGACGUCUGCCGAUGAAGUUGGAGAAGUGGCCGACGAUGAUACCGCCCACAAACGCGCCGAUGUUGGCCACGCAGUUCGUCACGGUGGACCUGUCUUGCGAGUAGUUGUACAGCUUCGUCAGCAUCGUUGGGUACAGGUCCUGGGAGCCGUGCGACAUGAAGUUGAAGCCGGCCAUGAGCAGCACGAGAUAGAUGAUCAUGGCCCAGUAGUUCUUAACGGCGCCGGCUGCCUUCUGCGAAAACGUUGGCUGCGGAAUGCCGCAGUCCCUGUUGUACUGCUCGAUUUCUCUCUGGCGCACAAACGCCUUGGUGUCUGGCAGCGACAGUCUGAAAGCGAACAGACACAGCGACACAGAGCCACCCAGCAGAAACAGCGACUUCCAGCCCAUGUCGACGUUGUCUGCGAGCACCCUGGUGAACACGACGGCCAGAAGGUAGCCGAACGUGUAGCCCUGCUGCAGAAGUCCGGAAAUGAAGCCUCUGGCCUCGGAGGGACAGUCGUCGAGCGCGGUGGCAGCGGCGUUUCCGUAGAUUCCGCCCAGCAUGAUGCCGAAGAUGGCUCUCACGCCGAGGAACUGCUCGUACGUGCUGACUCCGUAGGUGCCGAACUGGAUGGCGGCCAUGAGGAAGAUGUUGAGGCAGAGCGGGUACUUUCUGCCGUAUCUGUCGCCGAGGUAGCCAAACACGAUACCCCCCACGGACCUCAGCAUGAGCACGAGCGUGAUCCCCCACGUAAUCUGUUUCACGGUCUUGUCAAAGUACGUGGCGAGAUUGGAAGCGUUCAACGAAACACAGAAAAAGUCGUACGCGUCCCAGGUCCAGGCCAAAAACGCAGACAAAAACAUGACCCACUGUCUAGCAGGGAUCAGCUUGAGACCCGGCAGCGGGUUCAGCAGGUGUUUGUUGGCCUUCAUCAUUUCCUUGGACGGCACAAGGUCGGUGAACCUUGUCUUGGCAUAGUUGCCAAUGGACCGUGCUGA